CAUAAACCAAAUAUGAAAUUAUGUUUAUUUAAUAAAAAACAGUGUUUAAAUAUUGAUUUAUGCUCAAAAAAUCGUGUGCAACAUAUUAUUAUUGAUUAGUAACAAAUUCACAAUUUCAAUCAAAGUGUAUAUAAAUAAAAGUUCUUCACGAUGAUGGGGGCUCCUGCAACCUCCGAUAUCAUGAUUAUCGGGGGCAAUUCACAUCCUGAAUUAGCUAACUUAGUUGCCAAGCGUCUGGGUGUUAAAAAUGGGGGCUGCUCAGUUUACCACAAAACAAACCGUGAAACCAUGGUUGAAAUUGGUGAUUCUGUUCGUGGAAAAGAUAUUUAUAUUAUACAAACAGGAACAAAAGAUGUGAAUAAUAACAUUAUGGAACUUUUGAUCAUGGCCUAUGCUUGCAAAACGUCAUCUGCAAAAUCGAUUGUUGGUGUUAUUCCUUAUUUGCCUUACAGUAAACAGUGCAAAAUGCGUAAACGUGGUUGCAUUGUCAGUAAACUACUAGCUAAGAUGAUGUGUAAAUCAGGUCUUAGCCAUAUCAUCACAAUGGAUUUACACCAGAAAGAAAUACAAGGAUUCUUUGAUUGUCCUGUUGAUAAUUUAAGGGCAUCACCGUUCUUACUUCAGUACAUCCAAGAAUGUAUUCCAGAUUAUAGAAAUUCAGUUAUAGUAGCCCGCAAUCCUGGUUCUGCUAAAAAAGCUACAUCAUAUGCUGAACGUUUGCGUUUGGGCAUUGCUGUUAUUCAUGGUGAACAGAAGGAAUCGGAGAGUGAUGAGGUUGAUGGUAGAUACUCACCGCCUACAGUGCCUAGGUAA